UGUGUGUGUGUGUUUUCUGGAUCAGCCUGACAUUUGGGCUCUGUUAUGAUUCUCUUGAACUCUGAUCCUCACAUCCAUUAAUCAUUGUCUGCUAUCAGUUCAUCAGAGCGAUAUAGAGCACACUCAAGGAUUUGAGGUUGAGGAUGAAGGAGGGAAAUAAUCGGUCCUGCAGAGACGACGAGCGGUGUCACAACUCUGGAUGAGACUGGCCAUCACAUCUUGUCUGGACCAUGAGGAGCAUGUACAUCCCAGUGACUGUGUGUGUCAGAGCACAGGGCACUUGUGGGUCUAGUACUGGAGUAAGAAAGAGGGGUUUGGAUGGACAAGUGCGGAGCUUUGAGGAGAUCCCUCACACAGGGAGGAGCGGCUGGGUCAACUUGGUUAAGUUCUGGAGAGAAGAUCGUUUCCGGCAGCUCCACAAGCACAUGGAGAGGACCUUCAACGCCCUCGGCCCCAUUUACAGGGAGCAUGUGGGCACCCACAGCAGUGUGAACAUCAUGUUGCCGUCUGACAUUGCGGAGCUGUUCCGCUCAGAGGGCCUGCACCCCCGACGGAUGACCCUGCAGCCCUGGGCAACGCACCGAGAGACACGCCAGCUCAGCAAGGGAGUCUUCCUCAAGAACGGUGAGGAGUGGCGAGCUGACCGUCUACUGCUCAACAAGGAGGUGAUGAUGAGUGCGCCCGUGAAGCGCUUUCUCCCCCUGCUUGAUGAGGUUGCAAUGGAUUUCUGUCAGAUGCUGCGGGCCAGAGUGGAGAGGGAGGGGAGAGGCGAGGAGGGGAAGCGCAGUCUGACUAUGGAUCCCAGUCCUGACCUCUUCCGCUUCGCACUGGAAGGUCUGAGGUCAUCAUCCCACACCAGUUGCCAUGUAAUCUACGGGGAGCGUAUUGGCCUCUUCUCCUCAUCUCCCUCAAUGGAGUCCCAGAAGUUUAUCUGGGCCGUGGAGCGAAUGCUGGCAACAACCCCUCCUCUCCUCUACCUGCCCCCUCGCCUGCUGCUCCGCAUCGGCGCUCCCCUGUGGACCCAGCACGCCAGUGCAUGGGACCACAUCUGCAGCCACGCGGAGGCGAGGAUCCAGAAGGGGUGCCAGCGUCUGUCUUCCUCCCAGGCUCAGGGGUCUGAGGCUGGAACAGCUGGAGGCCAGUACACCGGGGUUCUGGGCCAACUCAUGGAGAAAGGGCAGCUAUCCUUGGACCUCAUCAAAGCCAACAUCACUGAGUUGAUGGCAGGAGGGGUCGACACGACAGCGGUGCCCCUCCAGUUUGCUCUGUUUGAGCUGGGCCGUAACCCAGAGGUGCAGGAGAGGGUGAGGCAGCAGGUGAGGAUGUCGUGGGCACAGGCUGGUCGUGAUCCUCAGAAAGCCCUGCAGGGGGCGCCAUUACUGAAAGGCCUAAUCAAGGAGAUUCUUAGGUUAUAUCCGGUGGGAACUACAGUGCAGCGGUAUCCGAUCAAAGAUAUUGUUCUUCAGAAUUACCACGUUCCUGCUGGGACGAUGGUCCAGGCCUGUCUCUACCCCCUAGGAAGAAGCGCGGAAGUGUUUGAGGAUCCACUGCGCUUUGACCCCGGCCGGUGGGGCAGCAGCAGAGAGGAAGGCCAAAGAGGAGAGGGGCCAGGGGGGUUUCGCUCUCUGGCGUUUGGGUUUGGUGCGAGGCAGUGUGUCGGGAGGAGGAUUGCUGAGAACGAGAUGCAGCUCUUGCUCAUGCAUAUCCUGCUGAGCUUCCAUCUCAGCGUGUCCUCCUCAGAAGACAUUAAAACCACAUGCACCCUCAUCCUCCAGCCCGAGACUCCGCCAAGGAUCACUUUCAGGAAACUCUGACACACACACACACACACACACACACACACACACACACACACACACACACACACACACACACACACACACACACACAGAAGUGAGUCAUCAACAUUUGGCAUGUUUAAUCACACAAUUUAGCCUGUUUUAGUCUCCCAACAUAACAACCAUAAAUGUCUGAUGAUACUCACUGAAGCUUAUACUGAGCUUUUUUUGCAUUCUCAUAAACUGUACAACAACAAAUUCAAGAAUUCAUAAUGCUGAUGAAUAAAGUAUACUUUCCUCC